GGGUCUCCGCCGGUGGCUAUAAGAGCGAAACCAGGUCUGAAGUUGCAGGAAAACUGCACAAGUGUGCCCAGAAACCAGACGGGUGGCGAGCAAAAAACCCGACAGGGGCAUCUAACAUCCGCAACACACGUCCAGAAUGGUGAGGAUCGCCUUCCACGCUGCCUCGGGGGACAAGCAGGGAAAAGAUGAGGAGCACGUGAUCAUACAACAGAAGGAGCAAGAGCAGCCUCAUGCAAUCCACAUCAAGAAGCAUUUUCUUGUCCGCCUGUCGUUGGUGACGAUUUCUGUGCUGGUGGUCCUGGUGGGGUUGGUGCUGGGUUCCGUCUACACUUACCGCCACUUCUUCCCUGCUCAGCCUCUGACCGAAAGGAGCGUGUUCUUCUGCCGGGUGGUCUUCCAAGACCCCAUGAUCCACAAACACCUGGAGCUGAAAGAGAAAGUGGCCAUCUCCCUCGAAAAGGACUACCAGCUCAUCAACGUGCCCGUGCCCGAGUUCAGCGGCAGCGAUGCCGCCGACAUUGUUCACGACUUCCAAAGGGAACUGACGGUUUAUUAUGACAAAACACUGGACAAGUGCUACGUGACUGAGCUGAACAGCACGCAAGUGAUGCGCCCCAAGAGUUUGUGGGAGCUGCUCAACAACGUGCAGAAAGGCACGUAUUUCCCGCAGAACUACCUGGUCCGCGAGGAGAUGACCGUGACAGGCUACAUCAGCAACGUCCGCCAGCUGGGCCCCGUCAUCAACCACAUGUGCCACGGCAAGGAGACUUUUGGCCUGCGUCACCACAGCACGCACCGACGCAUGCGUCGCAGGCGCAGCGUGUGCCGCACCAUCCACCACUUCGAGAACCCUUACUUGGUGGAGACGCUGAUCUGCACCUGAACGUUCCAGAACGGCAGCCGGGCCAACGCUUAAGCUACUUUCCAACCUUACCUCUUGAAGUCUUUUGCUACUUUCUAACUGCACUUUACAACUCAUUUGACUUAUUCCAUUUUCACUUUUUUGUCCAAAUCUAGUGUUAAGAGAUUUUCUGUGCUGUGUGCGUGCGUGUGUGUGUUUGUCAGCACGGUGUGGGAGUGGUUAGCACAUCGCACCUUUUUUAAAGCAAUUACAAUAUGUAAAAAUAAAAAACAUAUACCUCAUGUAGUUCAAUGUACAGUAAAUUACUCUUGAUUGUCACCAAGCAAUAUAUGAAUAGAGUACAUGUCAGUUUUGAAGUUUACAUGCACAUAUUGAGUUUGUUUCAGUCAAUCUUAUAAAUGACUUUAGACUGUAAGCAGUACAAGAGCUUUAGAGUGUCAGAAGGAACUUUAGUGUGCGCUCCGACAUUUGUUAUUGAAGAUAAUGAGGAUUAUUAUUGUAUGUAGUGUUUUUUACUUGAACCUGUCUAUUGCUAUCUUCCCUUUUCCAGCAUUAAUGAUCAUUUUGGGUUAUCAGUUGAUGUGUGACUCAAAUAUUUGUGUAUUUUACUGUAAUAUCUUGCUGCUUUAAUAAACUUAUUUGUCUUAUCUUU